AUGGCCCUUCUGAGUGCUGAAAAUCCCCCCCCGGCGCAGCCGGAGGGUGAGAGGGACCAGCUGCCGGGGGUUAACUCUAAGGUCUGGGCUGAGGAGGGAGGUUUUGCUCGGGCUCGAAACGCUCUACCAGUGCAUAUUUCCCUUAAGGAAGGAAGCCGCCCAGUCCAAAUUCGACAAUACCCCCUUAAGUUAACCACUCGGAUCGGGUUGAAGCCUCUGAUUCAAAAGUUUUUGCAGUACGGCUGGCUAAGGGAAGGCACUUCCCCAUACAAUACUCCGAUAAUGGGAGUGCCUAAGCCUAAUGGGCAGUAUCGAUUGGUCCAGGACCUAAGACAGGUUAAUAAGUUAAUAGAGGCCCCUUAUCCAGUUGUCCCAAACCCUCAUACUAUCUUGGGCCAAGUCCCCAGGAGCCACAGCUGGUUCUCUGUGAUAGAUUUAAAAGAUGCUUUCUUCUCUAUACCCCUUGAUCAGGAGUCUCAGAAACUGUUUGCCUUUGAAUGGGAGGACCCAGAUACCCAUUACAAGGCUCAGUAUCUCUGGACUGUUGUCCCUCAGGGACUUACAUGUGCACCCGAGAUUUUUGGCAGCCAGCUAAAAAGAGAUCUUGCCCCGUUCCUGGCUAGACACCCCUCGUGCAACAUAGUUCAGUAUUGUGAUGAUCUGCUCUUAAGUGCUGAGACGGAAACAGCUUGUAGAGAGCAGACUAUAGAACUCCUUAAUUUUCUUGGGGCUCAGGGGUACAAGGUUUCCAGGGAAAAAGCCCAAUUGGUUAGGCAGCAGGUCACCUUUCUCGGGUAUCAUCUUUGUCAGGGACGUCGUAGCUUGGGUAAAGACAGGAUCCAAGUUAUACUUGAGAGUCCUCAGCCCCGAAGUCCCAGAGAGUUGAGAGCUUUCCUGGGACUAACCGGUUUUUGCCAGCUUUGGAUCCCUGACUACGGAGGGAAGGCCAAACCACUAUACGAGUCCCUUACUAAAGAGGGUCUGCUACAUUGGUCAUGGACCAAGGAAAAAGAAAAAGCAUUUCAAGAGCUUAAAAAAGCCUUAGUUCAGCCUCCCGCUUUAGCUUUCCCGGAUUCCCGGAAGCCGUUCACCCUAUACGUUCACGAGAGGGGAGGGGUGGCAUCUGGAGUCCUGUGCCAAAAGUCGGGACCGACCUGGCGACCUGUAGGUUACUACUCAAAGGUAUUGGACCCGGUUGCCAAAGGCUGGCCGGCUUGUUUACGAGCCGUGGCUGCGACCGCUCUCCUUGUGCAGGAGGCUGAAAAAUUAACCUUGGGUGGGGAUACUGAGGUUGUGGUGCCCCAUGGGGUACCCCAGAUACUGGGAACAGGAGCCGGGGAAAAGCAUCUAAAUCCCAGUCGGCAUACUAGAUAUGAGGUGGGGCUUUUGUUGGCCCCUAACCUGACUUUCAAAACAGUUAGUUCCCUCAACCCGGCUACCUUACUGCCUGAUCCCCAAGUUCCCUGUAGGACCCGCCCCACUCAUGAUUGUAUUGAAGUCUUGCAACAAGAGACUAAACCUCCCCCUGAUCUCUCAGAUUUGCCCUGGCCCAAUCCCGAUAUCGAAGGAUACGUUGAUGGAUCUAGUUAUGUAGUAGAUGGGAAGCGGUUUACAGGAGCAGCCGUCGUAGUUAGGAGUGGAGAGGUGUACAAGUUUAAGCUUAGCCCCAAUUUAUCUGCCCAGGCGGCGGAGCUGGUGGCUCUUAUUGAGGCUCUCCGGUUAGGAACUGGGAAAACUAUUAAUUUGUAUACUGACAGUCGUUAUGCGUAUAUGGUGGUGCAUGCCCACGGAACCCUGUGGAAAGAAAGGGGCUUCAUUACGGCUUCAGGCCAAACAAUAGCCCAUGGGACCCUUAUUAAGUCAUUGCUUGAGGCCCUGAUGCUCCCCCUCCGGGUCGCCCUACAUCGAUACGCGGCGCCUUUCCAGACCCUUCCCUUGGAUCAACCCGUGCAUUCAUUCCAGAUCGGUGAUCAAGUCCUUAUCAAAAAGUGGAAGCGUGAUCCCCUCACGCCACGGUGGGACGGCCCGCACACUGUAUCGCUCAUCAGCCAGGCCGCCGUUAAGGUUCUCGGGAGCGACAAGUGGACACAUCAUACACGGGUAAAGCGGUUUCUGAAUCCAAACCCGGAGAGCAACACAACUGAAGAGGACAACAGCCCUCUGUCGACUCCGGCUCCGGAAGCCCGGGGUGGCACAGGUGAAGACUCCACCUGGGAGUACCAAGGACUAGAGGGACUAAAGGGACUGUUUAAGAGAAAGGGACAAUGA